AUUAAAGUAUAUUUUGUCAAACAUUUUUUUUUAAUUUGACAAUUUGUUUGGUAUUCAGUAGUUAUCACUCUCAAAUUUGACACUUGACGUUCAAAAUAAUAAAAUACACUUUAUAAAAGUGGCUACUAGCUAUACAAUUAUUAUUUAAUAUUUAUUUAUAUUCCACAAGUCUAACCACUUCAACAAUACUGUUCGAUUUGUUAUUUGUUUUUACGAAAUCAUAAUUUCGUUAUUUAACUAAAAUACUACGAUAGAAUAAUUCUGUGAUACUACCAUAUAAACAUAUACAAUUAUUAUAAACCGUCAAAUUUGAUUUUUUAAAACCAUAUUUUAUAUUAUAUAUUUUAAUAAUGACAGAAAUGCACGACCCCGACUUACAAACUAAAUCAAGACGUGCCACUGGAAUUUUGUCAGAAAAUCUUCAUUUUGUUGCAAACGAACCAUCCUUGGCGUUUUAUCGACUUCAAGAACAUGUACGGAAAUCUGUACCUCCCAUGAUAGAAAAACGAGUACAAGUUCAAAAACUUCAUAAGGAGUUACAGGGGCACUAUUAUGAUGUGGAAUAUGCGAUAGGAGCUAUCAAUUCGAUUAAGAACUGCGAAGAACCAUUGAACAAUAUUCAAGAACAACUUAAAAAUGCUUUAUUCCUUAGUCAACAAAUCAAGUAUGAGCAUACUAGGCGCGGGAAAUCUAAAAAAGAUUCUAUGUAUAAACGGCUAUCUGCACACUUGACUACCACUCUAGACCUACCUGAAUUACCAGAAGCUAUCAGAGAUACUGCCAAUAAAGUAGAAUCUAUGGUGAACAGUGCACGACAUUCUAAUAUAUAUUAAUAGAGCUAUUGUCCACACCAAAACUUAUUGCAAUCGCGAUCCUCGUUGUGUCCGCUGCGGCCAAAGUCACCUCUCUGAACUCUGUGAAAAAUCAAGGGACACCCCGGCAUCCUGCGCUCUCUGUGGGGAAGCACACCCUGCAAACUAUAAGGGAUGCAUCAAACACAAAACUCUGCUGCGAUCAAGAAACUCCAAAUUCAAGAACCUCGCCCAAACCAACUACUAUCAACACUCAAGCAACCCAUCUACCACCAGCCAUGUUAACCUCACCAGUUCGGACAUCUCUCGGCAGACCAACCCUAACCUUGUACAAACCAGUUCGGCCACCCAACAGAACUCCUUCGCCAGCGCAACUAAAGGUAAAACCCAAUCCCCUAUUAACGACUCCCCUCCCGAAAACCCUCUCUCAAAUCAACUGACAUCAUUCAUUCAUGAGCUCCAAUCACUCAUCACACCUCUAAUAACCCUCUUCUCCUCUCUCAUCAAUAAAUUAGUUGUUACCAAUGACUCUGAAUUCUAAUCUAAACUCUCCCCUGUCCAUAAUCUCCUGGAACGCCAAUAGUCUUUCCAAACAUAAGCACGAAUUCCAAUGCUUUCUCGAAGCUAAAAAUAUCGACAUCGCCCUUAUCUCCGAAACGCACUUUACCCCCACAUCUCACUCAAAAAUAUUUGGAUAUCAAGUUUAUCAUACUUGCCAUCCGGACGGUACUGCCCACGCUGGUACCGCUAUCUACAUUAAAAACAAUUUAUCCCAUCAUCAAUUAGCACCACACUCUGAACCCUACUUACAAGCCACUACAAUCCAAGUCAACUUUGUCAACUCUACCCCCAUUGCCGUUUCUGCAAUCUACUGUCCCCCUGGACCCAAAAUUUCGUCUGUCGAUUUUCAAACCUUUUUUUCCACCUUAGGUCAAAAAUUCAUAGUUGGAGGUGAUUUCAACUCAAAACACCCCUACUGGGGAAACCGCUCCGCUAAUACCAGUGGCCGUGCACUUAAAUCUGUCUUAGACACUAUGAACUACUCAGUAAUAUCCCCCCCUUCUCCUACUUACUGGCCUUCUCACUGUAACAGACUUCCUGAUAUCCUUGAUAUAUUCGUUUCCAAAAUUCCAAACCACAUACACUCAACCAUAUCAAACUUAAACGAUCUCUCCUCUGACCACACCCCAAUUUAUCUUGAGGUGGGUGCCUGGGCUACUAAACAAAUUAAACCUUCCCUUACUUCUGGCAGAGUAAACUGGCCUAAAUUCAAAAAAUUAGUAACCGACAACAUAAACCUUAAACCCUCCCUAAAAACUACCUCUGAGAUCGACAGCGCUAUCCUUUCCUUAACUUCCACUAUUCAAAAUUCUGUCUCCGCUGCCUCGAGUAACCAUCCUCCGCCCCGGAAUAAUACUAAUAUUCCUGCCCAUAUCAUGCUCUUACUCGCCGAUAAACGCAGAGCCAGAACCCAAUGGCAUAGAUUUAAAUACCCAUCGGACAAAGCAACGUUUAAUUAUCUGAAAAAUAAACUAAACAAAGCUAUUCAUAAACUCAAAAACGAAAGCUAUCAAAACUACAUCCAAAACCUCUCAACUAAAGACUCAUCUUUAUGGAAGGCCACUAAAAAAUUAAUCCAUCACAAGCUACCAUCCCCCCCACUCCGUAUGCCAAACAAUUCGUGGGCCUCCUCUGACUCCGAUAAAGCCAGCAUUUUCGCCGAACACUUAGCUAACGUCUUCAAACCACAUAAUAUCAUCCCAAAUAAAAUUCAUACUCUAAAUAUUACUAGAUUUCUUGAAUCCCCUCUCCCCAUGGCCCUCCCUGCCAAACAUACUAGCCCGGGUGAAAUUCAAUACAUCAUCCGCAAACUCCCAACCAAAAAAGCCCCUGGGCACGACCUAAUAAGCAACUUAGUUGUCAAACACCUCCCUGAAAAAUCUAUCAUUAUCCUACUUUCCUACAGCCUGGAAACAUUCAAACAUAAUCCAAAUUCUAAAACCGGACAAACCGCCUGAUAUCCCGUCUUCCUAUAGACCAAUCUCUCUCCUCCCCACAUUCGCAAAAAAUUUUGAAAAAAUACUCCUCAAAAGGCUUCUUCCACUAUCGGACAAACUCAACAUCAUCCCAAACCACCAAUUUGGAUUCAGGUCCAAGCACUCCACCAUCCACCAACUCCACCGCACUGUCGACUUAAUCUCUACCAGCAUGGAAUCAAAACUUUACUGUGCGGCUGUACUCCUUGACGUGGCUCAGGCCUUCGACAAGGUGUGGCAUGAAGGACUUCUCUUCAAAAUCAAAAAAUUCCUCCCUGCCCCCUACUACCUUCUCUUAAAUCAUACCUCGAAAAUCGCACCUUCUGUGUCCGCGUUAACAACAGCUACUCAUCAAACUUCCAAAUACUAGCUGGAGUCCCUCAAGGAAGUGACAUAGCUCCCUUCUUAUACUCUAUAUUCGCCCACGACACUCCGACCUCUCCCCAUACAUCACUGGGUACAUAUGCUGACGACACGAUAAUCCUGGCUUCAAACCAUGACCCCCAGGUAGUAUCUCUCCGGCUACAAAAUCAUCUUAACUCGAUUCAACUAUGGUCAAACCGCUGGAAGAUCAAAAUUAAUGAAGCUAAAUCAUCCUUUAUCACUUUCUCUCUUAGACCAGGGGACUGCCCCUCUGUAUCGUUUAAUAAUAAUCAAAUCCCAAUCACCCCGACAAUAAGAUACCUAGGUUUGAUCUUUGACAGGCGCCUCACAUGGGCCCAACACCUUAAAAUAAAAAGAAAAACAGUCAACUCCAGACUCCAUUUACUCCGCCCACUUCUUAGAUCCAAGACAUCAUUAAAAAAUAAACUAUUAAUAUACAAAACCAUCAUCAGACCGGUUUGGUCCUAUGGCAUCCAGAUUUGGGGCUCUGCCAAACCCUCCAACACGAGAACAAUCCAGGCAUUCCAGUCUAUCUGUCUGAGGCAAAUUGUCUCUGCUCCAUGGUUUAUCACAAAUAACAAUCUCCACAAAGAUCUAAAUAUUCCAUCGCUCUCUCAAUCAACAAAGUCUCACUACGUCUCCUUUCAUUCCAAGUUAAUCCAACACUACAAUCCAUUAAUAAAACGCUUAUCUUCUCUAACAAUCCCUGAUAACCCCCAGAGACGUUUAAAACGCUCCUGGCCUAGAGACCUUCUAAUUUAAUCUGUCGGGUGGCACUACUGAGUGCCCUCCCCUAUCUGUUAUUCUCGACAUGUAAAUACCUUUAUCUAAAUUACUUAUUGUACCAAAUUGUAUAGAUUGUAAUUAUAUUUUAAAUAAAAAAAAAAAAAAAAAAAAAUAAAAAAA